CGUGUUCGUCCUCCAAGCAACAACGCCAGCCGGAAACUUCCGCGCGCGUCAUUUCCAGCUCGCAUUCCGACGGUUUUCGAAGCCACCGUGCACAGGUCAGUGUGUCGGCCCGCGUGUGCGCGUGUGUGUGAGGUGACCGAGUGACAUCCGAAAAUACAGAACCGAACGAACGGAACCGACUCGCGACCUUCCCUCGGAAUAGAACCUGAACAGCACCGGAGUUACGCUAUGAGGACUUCCAGUGGAAAACGACCCAACUAAAGUUACAGCAAGAAAGGAAAAUAAAGUUGCUCCAAAGUGUGAUAAACCCCAGCAGCAACCAAAAGCAAGUGUUUCAAGCCUAAAGGGCCAGUGCAUCCAGCGGCGCCAAAGUAAAUUAAUAAUAAUCCCCGAAACAGUGCCCACCAUCAUGAUGAAGCGGAGAAAAUUAAUGAAUCGAAAAUUAUGAAAUCCAAUAAUCAUAAAUUAGAGGAAACGGCCCACCACCAGCCUACGGCGCAAGAAGGGGGGCUCCAUUACAGAGUGUGGUGAACAAUAGCUCGUGCGAUGCGGUCCGCUGGAAGCAACCGGCAGCAGUGCUGCCAUCCGUAAGGGGGGUGGAAUUCGCCGGAAUGUGGCUCGACCGGCCUAACAACGGCCCGAGGCCGCCACGCUGCCGUCGUAAUUGUGUGCAAACGAAACAUCGGCAAGAAGAAGAAGCACAUUCAACGAGGCAAGUGCUGCCAGCCCGAAGUGGUGCCAGAAAAAUCGUUGCCAGAGAUAAUCGCGAAGCAGCCGGUUGAUGAGGAAAAGGAGGAAGAAACAGUGGAAGGAGGAAGCAGUUAACGAUUUUCAGACGUCAAACAGCUGUGGGAAGAAGAAGAAGAAGAAGCAGACGGAAAAGGUUCAGGAAGUUAAUUCAGUCGAACCGCGGUCUGUGUGAGGUGGAGAAAAGCCCUGGAAGGGGUCUUUAACGGUGAAAAGCGAACUUCCUUCGGCGAAGGAAAGUGUUGUGCUUUGUUGUGAGGAGAAAGAAGAAGAAGAAAAGAUUGAUAUCCGUCGAGUCCGGCUGGUUGAAAGAUUCCAUGUUGUGAAAAGUUUAAAUUGAUUUUUUUCGGCUACGUUCCGGCCGUCGUUUACAGGAUUGCUUCCGGCGGUUGUGUGGUCGACGUUUGAGUAGAAGGAAGCGGCUACAAAUUGGGACCGCAUUGCUGGGAUUCCGUCCGGGUGGGGUUGUUCAAAGCGGUUUAAUCUUCCUGGAAGAAAGGAAGGGGAAGGGUAGAGAAAUUAGCGUCAAUUUUACCUUUAAUUUUUAAGCAUCCGAAAUCUUCAAGUCUCUCUCUCGCUCUCGUCGACGUCGCUCCCAAAAAAGCCAACCCAAUCCAGAAUGUCACGCCGGUGACACUUGACAAAGUGUCGCGAGCAAUUCCAGCGCAGUGGUGUGCGUGAGAACCCGUUGCGUGCGAGAUAAGCCGAAACGAGCGCUCUCAACGAAAGCGCACGCACACACUCGUGCGAUUUCCACACUAAAGAAUAAAAACAAACACACACACACAAGAAGCGAGCGACCUAGUAUAAUUAGUCGACGCGAGGGGAAUUGAGACAUGGGGCUGGAGGCGGCCUCGAGCGCCGCAUUCCUGACAGCCGUCCUGGUCCUGGUCCUGGCGGGGACUCCGCCAAGUGCCCUGGCAUCACAUGGGAACUUCACCGAUUAUCAUCCCUUCAUUUAUCUGACACAUCCGCCCGAAAUCAUCCGGAAGCCGUCGAACCAGGGAGUGCGCGUGGGAGGCGUCGCGACGUUCUUCUGCGGUGCCCGCGGAGAUCCGGCGCCGAACAUUGUGUGGAGGAAAAAUGGCAAGAAAAUUAUGGGAACGCAGUCACGCUACUCGGUGAUCGAGUCAAAUGGAGUUUCGAUGUUGCGAAUCGAGCCGGUCCGCGCCGGCCGCGACGACGCCCCGUACGAGUGCAUGGCCGAGAACGGCGUCGGCGAUGCCGUCUCCGCCGAGGCCACCCUCACCGUCUACGAACCGGACAAAACGCCGUCGGGCUUUCCCGUCAUCACCCAGAGCCCUACGACGCGGGUAAUUGAAAUUGGCCACACGGCCGUGAUGCAGUGCAAGGCCACCGGUUCGCCCCAGCCCAAGAUCUACUGGAUCAAGGACAUGAAACGUGUCGACAUGACCAACUCCCGUUACAGCAUCAACGCGGAAGGAAGCCUCCAGAUCGACAACAGCGAGGAAAGCGACAUGGGCCGGUACGAGUGCGUCGCGGAGAACUCCGUCGGCACGGAGCACACCAAGCAGACCAACCUGUACGUCAAGGUGCGCCGCGUUCCGCCGACCUUUUCGCGCCCUCCGGAGCCCGUCUACGAGGUGAUGCUCGGGGGAAACCUUUCGCUGGCCUGCGUUGCCGUCGGAUCACCGAUGCCGUACGUCAAGUGGCGCCAAGGAGUGGACCAGGAGCUGACCCCGGAGAACGAUGUCCCCGUCGGGCGGAACGUCAUGGAGUUGACCAACAUUCGGCACAGCGCCAACUACACCUGCGUGGCGUCCUCUACGCUGGGGAUCAUCGAGGCCACGACGCUGGUCAAGGUUCAAUCUCUGCCAGCGGCACCCACGGACGUGCAGAUAUCGGAGGUCACCGCGACCCAGGUCCGGCUCGAGUGGUCCUACAAGGGACCGGAGGAUUUGCAGUACUACGUUAUCCAGUACAAACCGAAGAACGCCAAUCAGGCGUUCAGCGAAAUCAGUGGCAUCAUUACAAUGUUCUACGUCGUUCGGACGCUCAGUCCGUACACCGAGUACGAGUUCUAUGUGAUCGCCGUGAACAAUAUCGGUCGGGGGCCACCCUCGCUGCCAGCCACGUGCACCACCGGAGAGACAGGUGAUUCUGCGUAUGGAGGCUCCAAAAUGGAAAGUGCACCGAGGAACAUUCAAGUGCGCCCGUUAAGUUCAUCGACAAUGGUUAUCACCUGGGAGCCACCUGAGACGCCUAAUGGACAAGUGACUGGCUACAAAGUGUACUACACGACGAACCCGAACCAGCCGGAAGCGUCCUGGGACUCGCAGAUGGUGGACAACAGCGAGCUGACGACCAUCUCGGAGCUGACGCCGCACGCCAUCUACACCAUCCGGGUGCAGGCCUUCACGUCGAUGGGUGCCGGUCCGAUGUCCAACCCGGUCCAGGUCAAAACGCAGCAAGGCGUGCCCUCCCAGCCGAGCAGCUUCCGGGCGACCGAUAUUGGCGAAACAGCUGUCACUCUGCAGUGGUCCCGGCCGACCCACUCGGGCGAGAACAUUGUCCACUACGAACUCUACUGGAACGACACCUACGCGAACGAGCAGCAUCAUCAACGCAUCCCGAACGCCGAAUCGUACACGCUGAGCAGCCUCUACCCGGACACGUUGUACUACUUCUGGCUGGCGGCCCGGUCCCAGCGGGGCGAAGGUGCCACCACGCCGCCGAUCCCGGUUCGCACCAAACAAUACGUCCCCGGUGCACCGCCCCGUAAUAUAACCGUCGAGGCGACCAGCCCCACGACGAUCAACGUGUCCUGGCUGCCGCCGCCGGUCGAGCGGUCCAACGGGGCCAUUGUGUACUAUAAGGUAUUCUUCGUCGAGGACGGCCGCACCGACGCCGAGGCCACGGUGACCACCCUCAACUCCACCAGCCUGACGCUGGACGAGCUGAAGCGCUGGACCGAGUACAAGAUCUGGGUGCUGGCCGGAACGACCGUCGGGGACGGGCCCCGCUCCUACCCGGUCACUGCUCGAACCCACGAAGACGUGCCCGGAGAUCCGCAGGACGUCAAAGCGGCCCCCGUUAACUCCACGACGAUUCACGUGUCUUGGAAGCCACCGAAGGAGAAGAACCGCAACGGAAUCAUCCGCGGCUAUCACAUCCACGUGCAGGAAAUGCGUGAUGAGGGCAAAGGACUGCUCAACGAGCCGAUGAAGUUCGACGUUGUGGACGCGCUGGAGUACAACGUAACCGGGCUGCAACCGGACACCAAGUACGCCGUCCAGGUCGCGGCCCUCACCCGCAAAGGUGACGGUGACCGUAGCGCCCAGAUCAUUAUCAAAACGCCGGGCGGAGUUCCCGUGCGGCCCACGGUAAACCUGAAGAUCCUCGAACGUGAUCCAACGGUAUCGAUCGAGCUGGAGUGGGAACGUCCGAAGCAGACGUACGGGGAACUGCGGGGCUAUCGGGUAAAGUGGGGGGUUAAGGAGCAACCUUUGACGGAGGAGACCAUGCUGGGACCGCACACGCUGACGAAGCGAAUUACCGAUUUGGAGCGGGGUGUUGAGUAUGAGUUCCGGGUUGCCGGUAUGAAUCACAUCGGGAUUGGUCAGGAAGCGGUCAAGUAUCUGCAGACGCCCGAGGGUGUGCCGACGGGGUGGCCAUCGGAUAUUUUGGUGCGGUUCCAAACGCCUGAUGUUGUGUGCAUUACUUGGGAACCUCCGACGAGGGAGCACCGGAAUGGGCAGAUUACACGGUAUGACGUUCAGUUCCACAAGAAGAUUGAUCAUGGUUUGGGAACGGAACGUAACACGACGAUCAGGAAGGCAGUGUUCACCAACCUGGAAGAAAGUACCGAAUAUGUGGUGAGGAUUCGAGCCUACACCAAGCAGGGUGCGGGUCCUUUCAGCGAAAAGAAGAUCAUCUCAACUGAACGGGAUAUGGGCCGGGCUCCACUGUCCGUACAAGCUGUGGCCACCUCGGAGCAAACCGUUGAGGUUUGGUGGGAGCCGGUACCAUCUCGAGGCAAGCUCGUUGGAUACAAGAUCUUCUACACCAUGACGGCCGUUGAAGAUUUGGACGAGUGGCAAACCAAGACGGUCGGAGUCACCGAAUCUGCCGAUCUGCUCAAUCUGGAAAAGUUUGCCCAAUACGCGAUUGCGAUUGCCGCACUCUACAAAAACGGCCCCGGUCGGCUGAGUGAAAAGGUCACCGUCAAGGUCAAACCCGAGGACGUCCCACUGAAUCUGCGAGCCCACGACGUCAGCACUCACUCCAUGACCCUUCAGUGGGCACCGCCCAUUCGUCUCAACCCCGUCAACUACAAGAUCUCGUUUGAUGCCGUCAAAGAGUUUGUCGACUCCCAGGGAAUCCCUCAGAAACAAAUUCUACCCAAGAGGGAGAUUGUAUUGAAAAGUCACACGACAGGACACACAAUCGGAGAACUGUCUCCUUUUACCACGUACUUCGUGAACGUGAGUGCCAUCCCAACGGAUUACUCGUACAAACCGCCAACCAAAAUCACAGUUACAACCCAAAUGGCCGCUCCUCAACCGAUGGUCCAGCCGGACUUUUACGGCGUCGUCAACGGCGAAGAGAUUCAGGUCAUCCUGCCCCAAGCUUCGGAAGAGUACGGUCCGAUUUCACACUACUACCUGAUCGUAGUUCCAGAGGACAAAUCAAACCUGCACAAACUGCCCGAUCAAUUCCUAACGGAAGACCUGCUACCAAGCAAGACACGAUCGGAACGACUCAACGCACCGUACAUCGCGGCAAUGUUCCUGCAGCGAAACAUUCCGUACACGUUUCACCUGGGCUCCGGUGAAACCAACCACAACUUUACCAACCGAAAGCUGGAGCGGGGCAAGCGGUACCGAAUCUUCGUACGAGCCGUUGUCGAUACUCCGCAGAAACAUCUGUACACGUCCAGUCCGUUCUCGGAGUUCCUUGCGCUGGACAUGAAGGAAGCGCCAACUGGCGAACCACCACACCGGCCAAACCCGAACGUGCCCCAAGAUCCGGAGAUUUUGAUCCGCGGGAAGAAUGAAGAACCUGGUAUGAUCUGGGUCAUCGGACCGAUCAUCGCCGCCUUAGUUUUGUCCUCGUGUUUGGUUAUUGUUUACUUUGUGCGCCGACGAAGACAACCGUACAAGACUCCCGAUCAAGCAGCGGUCACUAGACCGUUGAUGGCUGCGGAUUUGGGAGCAGGACCAGCUCCUACGGACCCAGUAGAUAUGCGACGCUUGAACUUCCAAACCCCCGGCAUGAUCAGCCAUCCACCGAUUCCGAUCUCGGAAUUGGCCAACCACGUGGAGCGGUUGAAGGCCAACGACAAUCUCAAGUUCUCGCAGGAGUACGAAAGUAUCGAACCAGGUCAACAGUUUACCUGGGAUCACUCGAACAUGGAGGUCAACAAGCCGAAGAACCGGUACGCCAAUGUGACCUCGUACGAUCACAGCCGAGUGAUCCUGCAGCCGAUCGAGGGCGUUCCCGGGUCGGACUACAUCAACGCAAACUACUGCGACGGAUACCGGAAGCAUAACGCGUACGUGGCCACGCAAGGACCGCUGCAGGAGACGUUCGGCGACUUUUGGCGCAUGUGCUGGGAGCUGAAGUCGUCGACGAUCGUGAUGAUGACUCGGCUGGAGGAGCGAUCGCGCAUCAAGUGCGACAUGUACUGGCCGGCACGGGGAACCGAAGUGUACGGUGUAAUGACAGUGACAAUCACAGAAACUCAGGAAUUAGCAACGUACAGUAUAAGAACGUUCCAGAUUUGCCGCAGCGGCACCAACGAGCGGCGCGAGAUUAAGCAGUUGCAAUUUACGGCGUGGCCCGACCACGGGGUCCCAGACCAUCCGGCACCGUUCCUGCAGUUCCUGAAGCGCACCAAGGCACUCACCCCGCAAGACUCGGGCCCGAUCGUUGUGCACUGCUCGGCGGGCGUUGGCCGAACCGGAUGCUACAUUGUGAUAGACUCGAUGUUGGAGCGAAUGCGCCACGAAAAGAUGAUCGACAUCUACGGCCACGUGACCUGUUUGCGGGCCCAGCGCAACUACAUGGUGCAAACCGAGGACCAGUACAUCUUCAUCCACGACGCCCUGCUCGAAGCGGUCAUCUGCGGCAACACCGAAGUCCCGGCGAGAAGCCUGCACAACCACAUCCAAAAGCUGAUGCAAACCGAACCGGGCGAGAACAUCACCGGCAUGGAGAUGGAGUUCAAGAAGCUGUCGAACGUCAAGGCCGACUCGGCCCGCUUCGUGACGGCCAACUUGCCCUGCAACAAGCACAAGAACCGCCUGGUUCACAUACUGCCGUACGAAGCGUCUCGGGUGUGUCUGACGCCGAUUCGGGGCGUCGAGGGCAGCGACUACAUCAACGCGAGCUUCGUCGACGGCUACCGAUACCGCAACGCGUACAUUGCGGCCCAGGGACCGCUACAGGAAACGGCCGAAGACUUUUGGCGCAUGCUGUGGGAGCACAACUCCACCAUCGUCGUGAUGCUCACCAAGCUGAAGGAGAUGGGACGGGAAAAGUGCUUCCAGUACUGGCCGCACGAGCGCUCCGUCCGCUACCAGUGCUACGUGGUGGAUCCGAUCGCCGAGUACAACAUGCCGCAGUACAAACUGCGUGAGUUCAAGGUGACGGACGCGCGGGACGGCUCGUCGCGGACGGUGCGUCAGUUCCAGUUUAUCGACUGGCCCGAGCAGGGCGUGCCAAAGUCGGGCGAGGGCUUCAUCGACUUUAUCGGGCAGGUGCACAAGACGAAGGAGCAGUUCGGGCAGGAUGGGCCCAUUACGGUGCACUGUAGUGCGGGGGUGGGCCGAACCGGGGUGUUCAUUUCGCUGAGUAUCGUGCUGGAGCGGAUGCAGUACGAGGGCGUGCUGGAUGUGUUCCAGACGGUGCGGAUACUGCGCUCGCAGCGGCCCGCCAUGGUGCAGACGGAGGAUCAAUACCAGUUCUGCUACCGGGCCGCCCUCGAGUAUCUGGGCUCGUUCGACCACUAUGCCAAUUAAAAACAUAAAACUGACUCCCAAAAAAACAAACAUCAACCAAGCAGCAAACCGAAAGAAAACACGAGAAAAGCCACAUGACGCAAUACGAUAUGAUAGCAUUUAUCGACUACUAACCACAACCGUUACAAACCAAACUCAAAACCGACACCGGAUGUCGCGAAAAAAUGAAGGAACAAUCGCCAACAGUGCAGCAACAAAAAAAAACACUACAGUGACGUAUCAGAUAAGAACAGAAAAAAAUCAUUCCAAGUAGCGAAUCGUCGCAGCGCAUAAUGGGCAGCAUUAGCAUUAUCGUCACCUCAUCCCCCCCGUCCCACGCAGAGGUCAUUCUAAAUAUCGUGCGCGCGCUCUCUCACUCUCACCUCACUAGCUGAGGAGGCGGAGUCCCUUUUUGUACCGUGGAAAACAUCUCGAAUAAUCCCCCCGCCAUCAAGGUCAUCACAAGCAUCGUCGUGCUGCAAAUGCAUUUUCAAUCGACACAUUUUGUCAAUCAAAAUUAGCCAGUUAAAGGAAGUCUUACAAUCUUUUCGAAUGAGAUCUAUCAAGUAUUUUAGAAGAAAGUAACACACUAAGCUAGGACGAAAUUUGUCGUUUAACGAUUCAGACGCGGAGGAGGAGGAGGAGAAGGAAGAAGAAGAAAAUCACAUCACUAGUUAGAAUGAAAUCUAUAUAGCAAAAACAAAAAAAAACGAAUAUCAAAUGAACAUAGGAAUCAGGUUUUUUAGAUAAAUUUCAACAAAAUGGAGCAUCGUAAGCAUAUUUCCAGGAUAAUGACAAAAAGUUACUAAUUUCAAAGGAGCAGUAAGGAGAAGGAGAACUACUAAUUAGACGAAAAGAACAGCAUUCAAAUUACCGAGAAUAGCAUAUGGAAACGGGGCGGCGAACAAGUAGAACAAUAAAUUCAUUCAUUACACGUAAAACAGAACAAACAAGACACACAACCUCUGUAAUGAUGGAGAGCGCCGGAAAACAAGAAUUACAAACAAACGCUUUACUUGAUUUACACGGGGGAUUGCAACAAGUAUAAGAAAAGGAUUAAGCGUGUGUAGGCAUCUAGGACUAAGUGUGUGUGUAUCAUCUCUAUUUUUGUAUAAAAUAGUGAGCAAUUAUUGAAGAAAGAAAAAAAGCGAGGGCAGCAGCAGCAAGUGUGAGAAAGGUAAAAUUCAUCAGACUGAUAUUGUAAAACCGUUGAAGCAGUAAAUAAAGUUACAUUGUACACGUGUGUGUAAGAAAAAAAAAAGUUUGCGAGGACAGUACUUGUACUUCACAGCAGAGAAAGAGAUAUGAUAUAUUAUAUAAGUCGCGCAGAUCCAGAUUAUAUUAGCAAAGUUGACCCGUUUGAAUGGUGUUGUGCAGCAUUAUGAAGAGAGAAAAAAAACGCAAAACCAAAUCCUUCUAGCAAAAUUAGGCGCGGUAGAGAGACGCUGCUUGAAAGUUUUUGAAAGCCCCCUCACUUAAAUAAAUAUAUCACGAAUCACGUAGUCUAAGUUACGAGUAACAACAUGUCAACUUAAUUAUAGGCGAAAAAUAUUGUGUUUUACUUAGAAGUAGACUGAUUGUGUUCAGCGCAGAAAAAAAAACUAGCAGCUCGUCCGUUUUAUUGCAUUCAAUUUACUUUAUUUUCUAACGUGUAUUUUUGACGUGAUAAGUUGUAGAGUUACAAAUUAACAAACACAAACAAACACGUGCAGCGCAAAGUUCAAUACUCAAAACAAGCAGCGUAAAACGACUUUAUAUUUGUGUAUAGAGCAGGCACACACACGUCCAUGUUUUCGUUGUAGGAAUCGUCCAGGCAAAUUACUAGGCUACAGAGCACUUACGGUAUACACCACACCUUCUGUUCUGUUUGUUGGGUGCACACGUGUGUCCGUGUAGUAGAUGAUUUUAGGUGUAACAUUUUGUCUGAGUGAUCUGAUCCCGAAAUCCAUAUCAAGCAAACCAAACCGGAUAAGCAACACUUGGUUACAACGAAUAAGUUAGUUUUAGUCUUUUAAUUUCGUGCACGAAAGUUACAACACUGUGAAAGGACGUUGAAUUGAACAAAGUUAAAUCAACAUUUAAAAUAAAUAUUGAAAAAUCAUAUUCCAGCUCAAGGUAAUUAAUAAAUUUAAUAUAACUUCGACUACUUUUUUAAGAUUUGUUUAAUAAAUCGCAGAGUUGCAAUCGAAUUACUACACAGUAGAAAAAAAAAUAUUAUAUCUUGGAAUGUUGACAGAUUUUGUAUCAAAGAAAUGUUUAAUAUUACAUCAGGAACUGGUAAAAUUUUCAUCAGUUUCUGUACAAUUUUUAAGCACACAUUUAUGCAUUAAAUUUUGUAAAAUCACCUGAAAAUUGGUAAAGUUCUGCCAUCAAAUUUUCAACCUUUUUUUGACAAAUGUGGAAGUUAACUUGAACAACAUUUCUUUAAAAAAAAAACUUCAGUAUUUCAUCGAUGAUGUGAAAUUAUAGCAUGUAACAUGUGAAUAAUAUUACUUCUCAUCACUUGAAUCUAUAACAUAAAACCAUUUCAAAAAUAUGAAAUAGCUGUGAAAAAAUGUAUCUAAAUGGCUUCAAUUAUGAAGCCAGUGAAGCAAAUUCAUUUAGCUGAAAAACAUUAUUUUUCCAUCUGUCGCUCGUAGACACCUGAAACUUUAGAUUUUUGUUAGUUAGAAUGUCCAUUAAACAUAAAAAAAAAACAAAUUGGAAGUUUCACUUUUUUAAGGGGACAAGGAAAACUCUCCACGGUAGCAGUCAGCAAUGAUUAUCCAAAAAUAAUCAUCAGAUACUCUGUCUGUCUCUUUUACGAUCACUCUAAGCAGUGCAACAAAGCAAGACAGAACUUUUUGCACGUGCGUCGCGAGCAACGAGAGGGCGAGUUUGGCAACGUUGCAAUCUCGUUUUUUCUUGCGAUAAUUGUUUGAUUGUUUAGGCGGAAUACUCAUCUCUCUCAGAGAUAGAUGCGAUAUUUGAUUGAAAUGGUGAUCCCAUCUGUGAGUUUUUUACAUCCCAUUUAUUCUUGUCGGCUUCUUGGAUCCAAUCAGUCUUCUUAAGCACCCAAGCCUCAUUUUUGCUUAUCAAUCCAGAGGACGGGAUUCGAACCCCGAUUUAAAAUAUUACGGAAUUAAGCGAGUCCGGAUAUUUUUCGAUGGAAGCAGAAAGGAACGGAAAGGGAAUCUAUCACCAAAACGGGAUAAAUUUCGCUAUUUUUCUUAGCCUGCAGAAUAAUUACCAAUUUUUUCACUGGUUUGGAAGCCAGCCAGAAGCGCAACCAGCAGAGAUGGAAUAAUCACAACAACGAAACUUUUUCGCUUGCGAACUUUCUUCACCCCCGAAAGAGAGAGGAGGCGAAAAAGCAAAAUAAAAUCGUUCCCGAACUUCUCGGCGAAAAUCAAUCAGUUGAAGAUUUUUUGUGAGUUUCCUUGUUAGUACCAGUUAAAUUAAUUAAAUUUGUUUGUGAAUACAAAGAGACGAGUUGUUCCUUUUAAUUCCGCUAUAUAUUUGCAAUAUAUUGACAUUUAUUUUGUUUUGUUUUCACACAUUGCCCUUCUGCAAAAAGUGACAGGUCAUUUUUCAACGUUAUACCUGGAAGUGUAGUUGUGAAAUAGAGGUUCCGCCGAAUAAUCGAGAAGAUGAUUUUUUGAGUUUCCUUUUACCGAUCUUUCGUGCACGAGACAGGAGAGCUAUGUUCCAUUUCGAUUUUUUCUCUUGAUGAGCGUCAAAAGAUUUUAUUCUGAUGAUGAUUCUUCCAUUGCUGCCAACCAGUAAAAAAAUCUACAGGUUUAGUUUAAAAAAACGCUACUUUUCGCUAGAAUCAGCGAUUUUUUCGUUUAUCCAAGAAGAGCUGCUGGAUUCCAAAAUCAAUCAGAAGAUUUUUCUGCUGAUUUUGGAUGACAAUGCGCUGAUUCAGGGAUUUUUUUUUGCUGGACUAGCGGUUUUUUGCACCGAUUUAGCGUUUUAUUUCGCUGACGUCUGUUUUUUCGAAGUCAGUUGCCUGUGCCAGCGAUUGUUUACACUGGUUCCCCAUUUUGUUUUGUUGCAGAUUUCGUAACAUAAACACGGAUGCUGUGAUAAACGGUAACACAUUAAAUAUCUGGCAAGGCGAAUGAUUUAACAAGUUAUAUUGAUAUUUCACAACGAGUGAAAAUUUGUUACGCUUUGCAAAGCUUCAAAAUUGAUCUUUAGACCUUUUUCAUACAUUUGAACGUAGAUUUCAAAGUCUAUUUUUAUCUUUUCGUUGCUUUGUUAAAUCAGGCAAUUCCAUAUAUAUUUGGCCAUCUGAAAUUUUGAGACAAUCCAAUAGUCGAACAUCGGACAAUCGAAACAUCAGAUUAUCGAGGCUUAGAAACUUCUGGUGAAUCAUGUAUGUUUCAUCAGAUUUAUAAAUUCAUGAGAGAUCCCGUUAUCUCAAAGAAGAAUAAUUUCAAACAUGUGUUUUCAAAACAUUUUUCUUAACACAAAGAGAAGAACAAUUUAAUCAAAAAUUCCUUCAAACCGAAAUUGUUUGAAUGUUUUUCUACAUACAUGUAGAAAAUCAAAAAUUUCAUAUUUCAGAAAAUUUAAUAAAUCCACUUAAAAGAUGAUUUUCAAUCACUCCUGAUAGUUUCAUGAAGAUAUUUCAUGAUUAUACUGAGUAAGAGACGAUUUACGUUCAAAAUUUUGCCAUGCGCAAAGCGAACUGUCGAACUUUGUGAGCGUUUUUCUCUGAACACCGAGUUGAUUUACGGGUGCCACGAUAUCUCGAGAUGGGAUGGACCAAAUUGGCUGAAAUUUGAGAUGAAGACUUGCAAGACAUAUCCCGUGUGCAUGACGAAGCCCGAUUUUGAAAUUUUGCUUUUUAAAAAAAUACAAAAAUCAAAAACUGGCGUUUUUUAUAUGAAAAACAUAAAAAUAUUUUUAUUUUUUUCAAACAAACUUUUUGAAAAUCGGCCUUCGUCAUGCACACAGGACCGGUUUAACGAGGCUUCACCAAAAUUUUGAGCCGAUUUGGUCAAAGCAGUGUGGAGAUAUCGUGGCACCCGUUUUUUGAAACUGCUAACUUAAAAUGGCUAUAUCUCGGCAAUGAUACAACCAAAUAUCUUCAAAUUUAUUUUGAUAAUAGUUGAAAAUAUAUAUUUUAAUGCCCUUAAAACAGAUUUAAAAAAAAGUUUAAGUGUGUGCCCAAACCAACCUCUUACAUUUUUGUCGAUUUACAUGUAUGUAACCCCUUAAGCAAAAAGUUCACAAAUUUCUUCUAAAUUGAGGAUGAUCUGUUCAAUGCAGAAAUGGGUAUAAAGUCUCGCCAAUUUUCCCUAUUGAUUCCUCGCAAUGUUGAGAAAUGAGCUGUUAACCAAACGUUAAUUAAAUUUGGAACAACGUUCCUCAUAUUUUCAAACUAGCAAAUGAGCAAUUCUCUACCAAAACCGGAAAUGGAUUUUAUUUGUAUUUUUUGAUUUGGCUCAAACUUUGUGGGGGCCUUCCCUAUGACCAAAGAAGCCAUUUUGCAUCAUUAGUUUGUCCAUAUAAAUUUCCAUACAAAUUUGGCAGAUGUUCAUACAAAAAUUGUACGUAUAUAUUCGAAAAUCUGUAACUUUUGAAGGAAUUUUUCGAUCAAUUUGGUGUCUUCGGCAAAGUUGUAGGUAUUGUUAAGGACUAUUUAGAAAAAAAUAGGUACACGGAAAAAAAAAUUUCCCGAUUUUUUUAUUAACUUUUUUUUCACAAAAACUCAAAUUCCCAAAAUACGUAUUUUUUGAUUUUCGAGAUUUUUUGAUAUGUUUUAGGGGACAAAAAUCCGCAACUUUUGAGCUAUAGAGAAACAUGGUCAAAAAAUCUGCCGCCGAGUUAUGAUUUUUUGAAAAACUGGUGAUUUUUGGAAAAAAUCGAAAUUUUAUACAUACAAUUUUUUUGACCUCAUUUUUUUAUGCAAGAUUGAAUUUGCAAUCGAAAAGUACUUUACAGAUUUUUUGAUAAAGGGCUCCGUUUUCAAGAUAUAGCCACCGAAAGUUUGAUUUUAGCGAAAUAUUUGCAGUUUUUCAAUUUUUAAAAAUAGUGACCAUGAGUGACCAUUUCUAAAAAUAUUUUUUUUGAAAAGUUCAGAAAAUUUGCUAUAAAAUUGUCUAAGAGACAUUGAAGAUUGGACCUCUGGUUGCUGAGAUACAGCGGCUUAAAGAAAAAGAAACACGAAAAUUGAAGUUUUCUAAGUCUCACCCAAACAGCCCACCAUUUUCUAAUGACGAUAUCUCAGCAAUUAAUGGUCCGAUUUUUAAUGUUAAUACAUGAAACAUUCGUGAAAUUUUCCGAUCUUUUCGAAAAAAAUAUUUUGAAAAAAAUUAAAUCAAGACUAACAUUUUAAAAGGGCCAAACUUUGAAUAUUAUGCCCAUUAAAAAUGCUAGUAUUGAUUUAAUUUUUUUCAAAAUAUUUUUUUCGAAAAGAUCGGAAAAUUUCACGUAUGUUUCAUGUAUUAAAAUUGAAAAUCGGACCAUUAAUUGCUGAGAUAUCGUCAUUAGAAAAUGGUGGGCUGUUUGGGUGAGACUUAGAAAACUUCAAUUUUCGUGUUUCUUUUUCUUUAAGCCGCUGUAUCUCAGCAACCAGAGGUCCAAUCUUCAAUGUCUCUUAGACAAUUUUAUAGCAAAUUUUCUGAACUUUUCAAAAAAAAUAUUUCUAGAAAUGGUCACUCAUGGUCACUAUUUUUAAAAAUUGAAAAACUGCAAAUAUUUCGCUAAAAUCAAACUUUCGGUGGCUAUAUCUUGAAAACGGAGCCCUUUAUCAAAAAAUCUGUAAAGUACUUUUCGAUUGCAAAUUCAAUUUUGCAUAAAAAAAUGAGGUCAAAAAAAUUGUAUGUAUGAAAUUUCGAUUUUUUCCAAAAAUCACCAGUUUUUCAAAAAAUCAUAACUCGGCGGCAGAUUUUUUGACCAUGUUUCUCUAUAGCUCAAAAGUUGCGGAUUUUUGUCCCCUAAAACAUAUCAAAAAAUCUCGAAAAUCAAAAAAUACUUAUUUUCGGAAUUUGAGUUUUUGUGAAAAAAAAGUUAAUAAAAAAAUCGGGAAUUUUUUUUUUCCGUGUACCUAUUUUUUUCUAAAUAGUCCUUAACAAUACCUACAACUUUGCCGAAGACACCAAAUUGAUCAAAAAAUUCCUUCAAAAGUUACAGAUUUUCGAAUAUAUACGUACCAUUUUUGUAUGGACAGCUGCCAAAUUUGUAUGGAAAUUUAUAUGGACAAACUAAUGAUGCAAAAUGGCUUCUUUGGUCAUAGGGAAGGCCCCCACAAAGUUUGAGCCAAAUCAAAAAAUACAAAAAAUAAAAAUGGUCGAAAUCGGCCGGUUUUGUAGAGAAUUGCUCAAAUGCUAAUUUGCUAAAAAUCACUCAAAAAAUUACAUAAUUUACCAAACAAUUCCUUCACAGAGUCGUAACUUUCGCUGCAUCACCCUAAUCCUCAACACGAAAAGCUCUAAAAAUGUAGCACCCUUGUUUUACAUGCCACACAGAUCACCCGUCUGAUUUACUUCACGAACAAGGUUCUGGUAAAGGGGUAAACCCUGCCCUCAAUAUGUGUCAACUGCUAUUAUUAGUUAUAGGUUCUUAUAUUGGAAGUAGUUAGUACGGUUAAGUAUGGAAAACAAAACAUAUUCGAUAUACAACUAGUAGAUGGUAGUCGGCAAAACAGCAAGCAAGCAGCAAACAUCAGCAUUAUACUUUAGAAAUUGGAUAAGCAAACAUUAUUGUAUCACCAUGUGGAGUGGGAUUUGAGUUUUUAAAUGUGCAAAAGAAGAUGUGCUCUGGGUACGCAUGGAAACUGUAGAUUUUCUAUUCGGAGUGCGAAAUGUGAGUGCUGAUAAGUUAGUUAAGUUUACUGAAGGUGUAUCUGCGAAAGCCAACCGAAACUGAACGCGCAAAAAUUUCAUCACGACUCCUCAGUCCAAAACUGUACAGAUUUGGUCACUUUUAACACCAUCCUCUCACAAGUCCUAAUUUUCAUCUUCAUCUCCAGCAUGUUAACUAGCGCAGCUAUGAAACGAAUCAAACGUUCGCAAACGAGGCCAUAUGAAGUUUUUAAAACGGGAUAUUUUAUUUGUAAGUGUUUUAAUUCUAGUUAAACCAAAUGGUUGUUUUGUUUCUGCCCACGAACAUUGCAUCUCAAGAAACCACUUUCAAAAGGUAUUAAGUUUAACCAUUCCAUCCCCAACGUUUUUAAACUCUCCUCAAUAUAACUAAAUCCCUCUCUCAGACUCGUUGAAGAAACUGGAUCUUCCCCAAUGGUUUAUUGUUCAAAUAAGUUUCGUUAUGUUCAUAACCCUUGCCUAUACACAAAUACAAACACAUGACUAUACAACAAUAUAUACGCAUAUUUAGAGCGAUACUAUUCGAACGGAUUUGUUGUGAGCAAUCGAUUAGUUCAUUUACUUACAAGUAUAAAGUAUGGUUACGCGCAUCAGAAGAGAGAAAGUAACCGUUGAACAGGUCUAAACUAAACCGCACUACCAAAUCUGUAUGAAAAUGGUUAAACAUCCCCUCGAAUCCGCCUGUGUACAGAACGCAACCCCCGUAGCAUACCACACACAGUCUCGAAAAAAGUUAGUAAGGGUAGGAAAGGUUAUUAUCACACACAAACACACACCAACAACACACUCACAGAUUAAGGGACAGAAUGAGACAGAAGAAAAAAAGGAAGUUUACAUAUGUUACAUUGAAUAUAUUACCAAACACUUUUGUUAAAAUGUAUAAAACAAAGAACAAAAGUUAUUUUAUCCAACACUUGAAACUGUACAGACAAAAGUUAUUUUUGUAUGAGACAAACAAAAAAAAAGAACGAGAAGGCAUCCAGAAGAUGAAAUUGAAGCACACAGAUAUCAAGUAGCUAACGAGUUGAAGGAGAGGACACAUAGUUGAUGAUUUUGAACAGAGAGAGAAACACA